GCCUAUUGGGAGUUCAAUAAAUUAAAAGGAAACAAUAGAAACCCUAAUUUCACUCAGCCAGCAGCGCGGUAGCUACUUCUUCUUCUCAUUCCUCUGCAUUUUUCUGAUUCAGCUACGAUUCAAAUGGCUGAGAAGGGAGCACAAAUUGUUCCGGAGUCUGUUUUGAAGAAACAGAAGAGAGCCGAGGAAUGGGCUUUGGCGAAAAAGCAGGAGGUUGCAGCUCUCAAGGAAAAGAAAUCUGCAAACAGGAAGCUGAUCUACAACAGAGCUAAGGACUACGCGAAGGAAUACGCGGCACAGGAAAGGGAACUCAUUCAGUUGAAGCGUGAGGCGAGGUUGAAAGGAGGAUUCUAUGUGAAUCCGGAAGCUAAGUUGCUGUUCAUCAUUCGCAUUCGUGGUAUUAAUGCGAUGCAUCCCACAACCAAGAAGAUUUUGCAGCUUCUGCGUCUGCGUCAGAUUUUUAAUGGAGUGUUCCUAAAGGUUAACAAGGCAACAGUGAACAUGUUACACAGGGUCGAACCAUAUGUGACUUUUGGUUACCCGAACUUGAAGAGCGUGAAAGAAUUGAUAUACAAGAGGGGUUUUGGCAAAGUGAACAAGCAGCGUUUUGCUUUGACAGACAACUCAAUCAUAGAACAGACCCUUGGCAAGCACGGGAUCAUCUGCAUCGAAGAUCUUAUCCAUGAGAUCUUGACAGUUGGGCCUCACUUCAAGGAAGCCAACAACUUCCUCUGGCCAUUCCAACUCUCUGCACCCUUGGGUGGUCUGCAGAGGAAGAGGAAUCACUACGUCGAAGGAGGAGAUGCUGGAAACCGCGAAGACUAUAUCAACGAGCUCAUCAGAAGGAUGAACUAGGUUUUGGAAUAGUAGUAAACAUUUUGAGAGGUUGUUUUGCUUCAUCAAACAAGUCUUUUUUGUUCAGGCUAUAUAGUUAUCUUAAGACAAUUUUGUGCUUAAAUUUACAUGUGAUGAUUUAUGAGGCAUCUCCUUUCUUCAUAAAUUGCCUAUUUCUGUUGUACCCUUUUUUUCUGUUGCAUUAAGUAAUUCCAGAUGAUUUCUGAGGCA